AUGAAGGAGAGCCGAGAAUCGACCCAUGACAAGGGCCCAGCCGCCCAGUCCAGUCAGUAUCCAAGCAUCGUGUGUCACGCAUGUCAAGUGACGAUGCGCGGCCGCGGAUGCAGCCCAUCUGCCAGGUCGAAUUCCGAAAUUGGUUCUCGCAUUGAAUGGCAGCUUCGGCGACUCCUGGGUCUGCCUGGUACGUCUUAUCCUUCGUUCCCCUUCGCAUUCUCGCCUUUGGCUGCCGAGUCAUGCAUGUACGGUGUAUUACAGAGUAUGUCAGGAUGGUAUGGACACGGAUACUGGAAGUUUUGAUUCGGAGACUCGGUAAUAGGUAUCCGUUUUCCCCCUUGCCCUUUGUUGUUUUGAUAGCAAAACACGCCCGGCUGCACCAAGGCCAACUAGUAGUUGGUAAGUUGAUGCGACGAAGGCUUGCAAAGACUUGUAAAGACUCGGGCGGUUUACGUACUCGUGCUAGGGAGGUAGUUUGGCGUUAAGACGUCUAGGCUGGACGAUGGAUCGGCUUCCAGGGUAGCAAACGAAUGUCGACACAGGCAUGGAGCUCCCCCGGGCCUUUUUUUGAUUGUGUCAUUUCGCAGAGCGGACUGGCCCCGGUGCGUACCCAGUUGCGGUGCUGCGGCGAUGCGUGAAUGUGGACGUGGACAUCAUGAAAUUCCGGGAUGUGUGUGCUAGGGUGAGGGAGCACUUGCAGCCGCAGGCUCAGGAAGCUUCCAUUGAAUUUGGGUCUUGCCCUGCCUUGCCUGCCUCCAGUUGUCCACUCCAGAGCUCCUUCCCGUUGACCAUUGACCGGGACGCUCUUGCAAGUUGAGGUGAAGCAGGGCAAGCAGCAG